CUCUAUCUACCUUGAUGGUCUUUUGUUGGAGUGGGGAACUCUACGAAGUGGACCAUUCUCACCUGCAGAAGGUCCCAGAGUUCAAGUGGGUCUCUGGCAGAUGGUCUGAGUAGCGCUGACAUUUCAUGAGAAGAACAGGGAGGGACACUAAUUGUGUCAACAUGUAUGUUACUAUGUGACACAGUAAUGUCACAGCCCCCUGGGUGAGAUGGUCAAGGUUGGUUCACACUCCCCUAACUCCCCCUCACACUUACGCACAAAACAAACACCUCUCAUCCCUUUCUCUCCCCCUUCCUCUCUCUAUAUCUAUUUGGCAAAGUGAUAGAAGCCAGACAAUGGAAGACUCUCGAGUCUUCAGCAGUCAUUAGCCCCAGAGCCUUUGUUCGCUUGAACAAUGAAAACACUAUCACAGAGCUAUUCACCUGCACUUGGAGGACCAAUGGAACCAUUUAGCCUUUUAAUUACUCGGCGUCGAUUCAUCAUGCUCUCGUCUUGGGGUGAAAUUAAAUGUGUUUCUGCGUGAGUUUGUGUGUCUGCUAGUGUGGUGUGAAACGUGUGUGUAUGUGUGUGUGUGUGUGAUUUGCUCAUUUCACAGCAGAGCUUUCUCAAUGAAAAGACCAAUUAGCUAACGAUAUUCAUCUUCUCAAUAGGGGGUGAUGAGAGAGAGGCCUCUCCUGAUCUCCAGGCUGGUGCAAAUUAUGGGAUGUAAGAUACACAUGGCUGAUGGUCACGCAUGCUUUACUCAAAGUACAAAAAUGUUACGACAUGUCCAGCCACGCCACUGAGGAGGAAGAGAGGUGGGGCAGUCGUCGACUACUGCAGGUCUCCUACGACAAUGAGACAGAGCCCCCUUCCAAAAACUGCACUGAACCAGCACUCCAUGAAUUCCCCAGUGAUCUGUUCACCAACCAGGAGCGCACCGAGGGAGCGGUGGGCUUUCACGUCCUGUUUGCUGUGUACAUGUUCUAUGCCCUUGCGCUGGUUUGUGAUGACUACUUUGUUCCCUCACUGGAGAAGAUAUGUGAGCGUCUCGAUCUCAGUGAGGAUGUAGCGGGUGCGACCUUCAUGGCAGCUGGCAGCUCAGCUCCAGAACUCUUCACCUCUGUCAUAGGAGUGUUUAUAACUAAAGGUGAUGUGGGGGUGGGAACCAUCGUAGGCUCGGCCGUCUUCAACAUCCUCUGCAUCAUCGGAGUGUGUGGGAUCUUUGCCGGUCAGGCGGUUCGUCUGUCCUGUUGGCCUCUGCUCAGAGACUCUAUGUACUACACGCUGUCUAUCGCCGCUCUUAUUGUGUUCAUAUACGAUGAGAAGAUUGUGUGGUGGGAAGCUCUGACGUUGGUCCUGAUGUACUUUGUGUACAUUCUGAUAAUGAAACUGAACUCGCUCAUUGUACGCUAUUUGGAGAGGCACAAGAAGAACUCGUCCAGCUUAGGCAAUGGAACGGCAAGCAACGCCGACCUGGACGACAACUGUGACGCCUCGUCAGUCCUGCUGAAGAAAGGUAACUUCCACAGAAAGCCCUCGGUGCUGAUGGUGGACGAGCUGCUGUCAGCCUUCCCUCACCAGCUGUCCUUCUCUGAGGCCGGCAUGAGGAUCAUGAUCACCAGCCACUUCUCACCACGGACACGCCUCUCCAUGGCCUCACGCAUGCUCAUCACCGAGAGGCAGCGUCUGAUCAACACCCGACCCUUCACCAACGGAGACUCUGAGGCCACGGUGAAAGCGGGCGCGAGGCGGGGCGUGGAGAACGGCCUGGGCGGAGCCGAGCGGGGGGUCAACGGGAGGCGGGGUUGCCGCGGAGACGAAGGGGUGGAGCCUGGCCAGGAGACGGAGAACGAGAACGAGGACAAUGAGAACAACGAGAAUGACGAAGAGGAGGUGGAGGAGGACGGGGAGGGACCCUUUGUCCCCUUCUCCACCCCAGCGGGUGUGUGUAACAAGUUCAAGUGGCUUCUGGCCUGGCCUCUGUGCCUGCUCCUCUACUUCACCGUGCCCAACUGUGCCUCACCGCGUUGGGAGAGGUGGUUCAUGGUCUCCUUCAUCGCCUCCACCCUCUGGAUCGCCGGCUUCUCCUACAUCAUGGUCUGGAUGGUGACAGUGAUCGGGUUCACCCUGGGCAUCCCUGACGUCAUCAUGGGCAUCACCUUCCUGGCAGCGGGCACCAGCGUCCCUGACUGCAUGGCCAGCCUCAUAGUGGCACGGCAAGGUCUUGGCGACAUGGCUGUGUCUAACUCCAUAGGCAGUAACGUGUUUGACAUCCUGAUUGGACUGGGCCUACCUUGGGCCCUGCAGACUCUGGCCGUCAACUAUGGGUCAUACAUUAAACUGAACAGCAAAGGCCUCAUCUUCUCAGUUGGUCUCCUCUUGGCGUCUGUGUUUCUCACGGUUCUGGGGGUCCAUCUGAACAAGUGGGUUCUGAACCGACGUCUUGGACUCGCCUGCCUCCUCAUGUACUCUGUCUUCCUUUGCUUCUCCAUCCUCAUCGAGUACAACAUCUUCAUCUUCGUCAACCUGCCUACCUGCCGAGACCGCUGAGACCCAAAAUUCAAACACUUGUUCUUCCUCAUCCUGCUUUGUAUCUCAGUUUGGAACACCUGGCUUGGGUAUUCUAUCUGUUCUUUUAAAAAAUCCAUCUUUCUUUUAUGGUUAGUGCAAUAUGGAGCAGGCCUGGAGUGUAUAUUUGGUACAUGUAUACACACAAAUAUAUAUAUAUAUGUGUGUGUGUGUGUCUGUCUGUGUAUGUGUAUGAUCUUGAAAAGACCUCACCAUGGAUCGGACUGUUGUAAAGAAAGAUAUUUUUAGAGGCUACAGCCUGUCUGUAAUGUGAAGAUUGUCUAUGGUUUUGGAAUUGUAGUAGAAACUGCAUUAUACUGUGUAAGUGAUCAUAUUCUUCUACAAGAUUUAUUUUCAUUAGCUGCUAACUGUCUGAGACUAUAAGGCUUUUGAGAAUAGAUAAUAGACUGAAGUACUGUUUGAUUAAUAGUUUUGGUCAUGACUUAAUAAUAUCUGAAGGUUAUUGGAAAAUUUAAAAAAACUUAUUGCCUUUUUAAACUUGUUACAUUUGUCAAAAUGAGGGCCAGAUUUUUUAUGUCAGGUUGUGUGGUAGACAAUCUCUGGCUCUGGCAUUUCCUACUAGUCUUGUCUUCAUAGCAAGGGCAUUAUUCCUGUCAUACACACAGAAGUAUAAAGGGUUCUCACAUUCCAGGGUGAUCCAGGUACGUUUCAUUACGGAAAGUGAAGAAAUAUUUUUGUAUUUAGUCCCUUUGUAAAUAUUGCUAUUUAUCCUAUUUAUUAUUUAUUGAAUGUUAUUUACGCAUUUAUUUGCUUCCUAAUUUACAUUUAAAAAAACCUGGAAUGGUCAAAAUAGUGAUACAGUAAGCAUUAUAGUGUCUUCUUCUGCAGUGUUUUUAUCUGGGGGGUGAGAGGAAUUAUAUACAGCAAACACCAUCUCCUCACUCCUAAUUCUUGUUUCUGUUAAGUUUCCAUUAUUCUAAAGGUGUUUGACUAUAUUUGUUAACAGUAGCUUGGAGUCAAAGUUUUUAGAGAAAAUUUGUAAAGUACAAGCACUUAAUGAAGUCAGACCUUGUUUUUGUGAAAUCAAUCACGGUUCUUUGCCAGAUUUCCUACACAGUGUGGCACUGACUUUUGAACCCUCUUUUAUCAUCAAUGUGUUGGUCGCUGUAGGCUACAACAUUUUUAAAUCCCAUACCUAGUGAAGGUUAUUCACUUUUAAGAUCAUAGAGUGGUUUUAUUACAUGCGGGGUGAAAUUUAGGUACUCUACAGUACUCUACUGCUACCACCUAUAAAUGGCAAAGAACUAUAGCACAAUAUUAAAAUGCUGUUUUAGUCCCAUUUCAAGUAUCCUGUUUCUAAAUUUACACUGCCAUUUUUGGAUAUGGGCAGCAGUGUGUGUAGAAUGGACUUCCUUUUCUUGGGAUGCACAAAAAGGAAAUGAAGGGAUUUUGUGUACAGUACUGACAAGUACUAAGUGUUGAUGUUCAUAUUUAGUAGAGAUGCUAAAAAAGUAUCUAGACUUUUUCUUAACCUCAUAGUUCUAGGUUGGCUGCCAACCUAUUGUUAUAAUAAGCGGUUAUUUGUAUUUUGUAAUGCACAUAAUAUUUAAACCUGUCCAGACAGUACAGUAGGUUGUAUUACAUAUGAGCUGUUCUGCUUAUGUCAUUUUUAGAGAGUAGAUCUCAUGUUGUUUGUCAACUUGCAGCGGGCUAUAUUUAUUUGUGGGCAAGCCUGUCCAUUGUCUUCCAUCAGGUGGCAUCAUUCCUACAUAACAGCCGUCAUUGUAGACCACACGCUAUCUGACUCACGCUAUCCGAUGUGAGACAAACCUAGCCAGCCAGCGAAGCACCUCAACAUUAAAUGGUCCCUACGUGAUUGAAUUUCAAGAUGAUUUAUCACAUUAUUUGCAAAAACAUUUUGGGAAAUGAACCAAUGACUACUUAUUUGUGUAGUACGUUUCUGUCUCUGCCUACAAAACGUCCGUCUGUUUUAUUUUUUUCGGAACUCUACUUUAACAUAAAUGCUCUGAUUAUAAGUCAUUUUUGGGGCCCAGAAGCACAUCUUUCAAACACCAGUUUCUCUGUUGAAAAUUAUUAUUGUAGAAUGUAAGUAUUAUUGUUGCUAUUUACUUUUCCAAGGAUGUUACUUUUUUUAAUGUUAUUUAUUUGUUGAGUUGAGAAGAGAUGGAGCACAGCACCAGGAAAACAGGGUUUAUUGUUGUCCAAUUAUUUAUGAUGCAAUAAUUACAAACUUUACAAUGUAAAUAUGUUUUUUCUUUUUGUUUCAUAUGAUUGAAGGCACAUAUAGCAGGAUUAUAUGUGGUGCUGGUUGUAAAUUGUACCUCCCUCUGUUGUUAAGGGAUGAUGUACCAACACCUUGGUACCAACUAGUAAGUAACAACUUUCCCAAUGUUUUUCAAAAGCUCUAAAAUCAAUAGUUUAAAUAAGACUGUUACUUACAUACUUACAAUAUCAUUUUACAAGCGUUGUUUGAAAAAAAGACACAUAGUUAAAUUACCCUUUACUUGAAGCACUUAUGAUGUGUCAUACUGGGUUAGAUUUAGUAUGGUAAACAUUGGAAAAUUUGUGGACAUAUAUGGAUGUGCUCAAGUCUAAUACUAUAAUAUUUAAUAUACCAUGACAAUUCCUAAUGUUAAUUCCAUCAAAAAUUUCAAUAGCCAAACAAUUGUUAACAUGGUUGUAUAUUUAUUUUUGCUGUUGUUUCUUGUUUGCAUUGUACAGCUUCCUAGUUAGGGAGAAGUCCCACAAUGACUCACUAGAUUAGAGUUACCUGCUUAAAAUGUACCAAAUUAUUGCCAUUUAGCAUCAGCAGGGGAGCUGAAAAAGGCAUAUCUGAAUAAUUUGUGAUAUUCACACGGUGAUAUAUUGCUUAUGUGUACAUAUAUACAUAGGUGUAAAUGUAUUUAUAUAUUUUUGUCUUAAUCUGUAUAUCUGUUGAACAUAUUUUCAUAGAUAGGAUCCAAGCCACUCCUAGUACGCCCAUUUUUUUUGUUGUGUUUUAGAUAUUACCCUGUCCCUCCGUUAUACUUGCAUGGAGAUAUUUCAAUAUAAGAAAUUAUUUAUGGUAGUUCUAUCGUCAUUGAAUAAUGAAGUAUAAAGAUGGCACUGGACGUUGCACAACUGGAUAACCUAGAUUACUGCAUGUUACUGAUAGGCUGUACGAUUUUGUUGAGGUAACGUAAGACAACAAAGCUGAGGUGUAGGCCGACCUCCUAAAAAGGAGCAUUAGACUCAAUUAUAUAUUUGUGUUCCAGAUGUGAUUUAGAACUCAUUUUGCUACUUGAGCAUAAAUAAAAUGAUCUUUGCUUAAGGUAA